UUUGCUGUCAGAACUCACGCUCAUUGUUGUUCUCCACUCUUCCCCUCAACGGCGCCAGUCUCACUCUUCUCGGAAUCUCCGGCGAUUCAACGAUGGACGGCGAACAACGGAGAAUGUCGAUAGACAAUGAGAAGGUGCAGCUACGAACCAGUCCUAAGGAACUACUUAUGCAUGAUCCAUCGCUCAAUCAAGGAGGUCAGAAGAAUUCCUUUACUUUUGCUGGCAAUCGGGACAUAAUGAAAAAUGGAACUGCUGAGGCUGUUAUCUGCAAAUCCAAGAAACUUGAGGAUGCAGUGAAGGAGAUUGGUCUUCAAAUUAAACACCAUGAAGAUAAUAUCAAAUUCUUAGAGGGUCAGAAGAACAGGUUGGAUGAUUCAAUUUCGGAUAUAGAAGUUGCUCUCGGCAAGAUUUAUUCAGCAAGUGGAACUGGUUCUGAAAAUAAGGAAUCUUCUAAUGGGAAGAAUGAGUUGGAGACCAUUGAAGAAAUCUUAACAUUGAACAGUUGCCAGCUGCCAACUCAUAAUGGAACUCAGAUUACUCAUAUUCCGUAUAUGAAGGACGUGAUAGGAAUGGUUGCUUUGCUUGGCAAGGUUGACGACGAUAAUCUCAGCAGGACUCUCUCAGAUUAUCUUGGGCAAGAAACCAUGUUAGCAGUUGUUUGCAAGAAGCAUGAUGGACUUAAAGCACUGCAAACAUAUGAUAAGAAGGGACUUGUAAAUAAAAGUUCUGGUCUUCAUGGAGUUGGAGCUUCAAUUGGGAGACCUUUGGAUGACCGAUAUCUUGUAAUCUGUCUUGAGAACUUAAGACCAUACACUGGUGAAUUUAUUGCUGAUGACCCUCAGAGGAGGCUGUCCAUAAAGAAGCCAAGAUACCUCAAUGAGGAAACUCCUCCUGGUUUUCUUGGUUUUGCUGUCAAUAUGAUCAAUAUUGACACUGCGAAUUUAUAUUGUGUUACAAGCACUGGUCAUGGCCUGAGAGAGACCCUCUUCUAUAGACUCUUCUCACGGUUGCAAGUAUACAAAACAGGGGCAGACAUGAUGCAGGCACUACCUUUUAUAGCUGAUGGAGCCAUAUCAUUGGACGGUGGGAUCAUAAAGAGUGGUGGUAUAUUUUCCCUAGGCAAAAGGGAAGUACAGAUCAAAUUUCCAAAGAGUUCUGGAAGGUCGUAUCUACCUGAAAGCUAUUUUGAAACUGAGAUACGGAUGAAGGAGCUGAAGUGGGAAAAGCCACAGUUUCUGGCAGGAGGGGAGCGGUCAGCCCCGAUAUCAUGAUUGCAUGGGAAAUUUGAGAUCCUGUAGUAACUUGUAGUAGAGUGUUUAUACCGGUCUUGAUUCUUUUCACGACCUGGGCUAUGAUAAAGAAGUGGUUAUGGAGAAGAUUGAAGGAAAGGCAGACAGUGCAGCUGCUGUUGUCCACAAGCUGCUCAGAUCACCAAAACCUGAACAGCUGUAUCUCAAAUAUGCUCAUGACAUACUUGGCGUGGUUGCACUUCUUGGAGAGUUUUGGACCCAUAAGCUUAGCAGGUUGAUGCUGGUAUCUUUUUCUGUAAUACGACUCAGUUUAAGAACUUCCUUGGCAGUAUGGAUGUAAUUACGUGUGUUACCUAUCCCUAGCAUGCUUUUCAACACAUCUUGGAGAAGAUCAGUUGCUUGCAGUAGUAUGCAAAUCCCGUGCAGCGCCAGAGCUCUUGACAAUUAUCAAAUGGAUUGAAAUGUGAAUUGCGCCAGUGCUCUUGACAUAUUAUCUUCUAAGCUUGGAAUUUCCAUCAAGGUUCAAUAUAAGGUCUCUCGAUCCAGUUAACACAUCAUGUUUCAUCCAUGUCUGAUCAUUGCUCUCUGGAAAAAUAAAGUGUAAGGUCCUUGCCUUUUUGUUUCAGGCCAUAUACGUGAGGAGUCAGCAGUGAUCUCCAAAGAGAACUUGCUUUUCCAAGCCCAGCUUUAUCAAAUGGAGAAACUCUCCCUGGCAUUUUUGGCUAUGCGGUUAAUAUGAUAUUCCUUCCUGCAGAACAUUUGCAGUUUAGAACUUAUGGUCUCCUGGAGACAUCAUUUUACUGUCUGCUUGGUAAGCUUCAAGUCUAGAGUCUAGAGAACACCUUUACAUGGCAAGUUCCUGCAUAGAAGAUGGUGCGGUUUCCUUGGAUGGUGAAAUGAUGAGAGGAAAUGGAGUUGGAUCUGAUCAUCUGUCUGGAAAGACAGUUGCUCCUCUCACCUGAGAAAGUAGAAAGAUUGAAGAUAAUCGAAGACUUGAAGCUGGAACUAAGUCAAUUGCAUGAUCAGAUACAGGAAGAGAUUAGGACUCGGACAAAGUACAAGAAAACGUUUGCACCUUUUCCUGGAAUGUACAACUCUGACAUGCUGGUUUGCUUCUUCUGAGUCUUGUACAGGUAAUUACGCCAGUGACUUGCCUUUUAUGGAACAUUUUUUUUUUUUUUGUGAAGAAACACAAGGUAGUAUACUCUGUACAAAUCAACACCUAUAGCCUUCCAAGUAAAUGAAUGAUCAAGGUGUAAAGUCAUAGGAAUCAUUUAUUGAUCUUUGUUUGGAAAGGAAUUAAAAGUGAAGCUGCUGCAUCUGGUUCCUUUUUA